GGAGGGAGGCUCUGAGCAUGUGCAGAGCAGCGCGGCGGCGGCUGCCUCGGCGAGAGGCAGCGGCUCGGUGCUGAUGCGAACAGCCGCCUCGGCCUCUGCCCCAGCGUAGUCGGCCCCCGGGCCGGGGCGGCAGGGAAGGAACCGUAGCCUCCCCGCGGCCCGAGGAGCCGGCGCGUCGGCGCGCACCCCGCCCCGCCCCCCCUCGGCGGCCGCGGCGCCCUCGGGGACCACGAUGAUGGCGGAGCAGGUGAAAUGCGCCUCGGCGGGGGGCGGCUCCGGAGCGGGCUCCGGGCCGGUGGUGAACGCGGAGCUGGAGGUGAAGAAGCUGCAGGAGCUGGUGCGCAAGCUGGAGAAGCAGAACGAGCAGCUGCGGAGCCGGGCGGCCAGCGCGGCCGCCGCACCGCACCUGCUGCUGCUGCCGCCGCCGCCCCCCGCCGCGCCGCCCCCCGCCGGGGCCUGCAGCCCGUUGGCUCCGCGGAGCCCCCCGGCCGCCGCUGCCGCCGCCUCGGGGGGACUGGGGCUGGGGCUGGCGUUGGGCGCUGGGGGCGGAGGCGGGGGCGGCAGCGGCGGCUCUGGCCCCGCGUUCCCGGGGACCUACUGCCUGCCCGGCCCGGCGCCCUCCCUGCUCUGCAGCCUGGCGCAGCCCCCCGAGGCGCCCUUCGUCUACUUCAAGCCGGCGGCGGGCUUCUUCGGCGCGGGCGGCUGCGGCCCGGAACCGGGGGGCGCGGGGACACCUCCCGGGGCCGCCGCCGCGCCGCCCUCGCCGCCCCCCACGCUGCUGGACGAGGUGGAGCCGCUGGACCUGGAGAGCGUGGCCGCCUGGCGGGACGAGGACGACUGCACCUGGUUAUACGUUGGCUCUUCAAAGACAUUCCCGUCAUCAGAGAAAUCCCUGAGCCCUUUGCAGUGGUGUAGACAUGUCCUAGAUAAUCCGACUCCGGAGAUGGAAGCAGCAAGGCGUUCCCUGUGCUUUAGACUGGAGCAAGGUUACACAUCCAGGGGCUCCCCUCUCAGUCCCCAGUCAUCCAUAGACAGUGAGCUGAGUACUUCAGAACUGGAGGAUGAUUCUAUCUCCAUGGGAUAUAAGUUACAGGACCUCACUGAUGUUCAGAUCAUGGCUCGUCUGCAAGAAGAAAGUCUCAGGCAAGAUUAUGCUUCUACUUCAGCAUCUGUGUCGAGACAUAGUUCCAGUGUGUCACUGAAUUCAGGAAAAAAAGGGACGUGUAGUGAUCAAGAAUACGAUCGAUUCAGCCUGGAGGACGAGGAGGAAUUUGAUCACCUGCCACCACCUCAGCCUCGUCUUCCAAGAUGUUCACCUUUCCAAAGAGGAAUUCCCCAUUCACAGACUUUCUCCAGCAUUCGGGAGUGUAGGAGGAGCCCCGGUUCCCAGUAUUUUCCUUCGAAUAAUUACCAGCAGCAACAGUAUUAUUCACCUCAAGCCCAGACUCCAGAUCAGCAACCAAAUAGGACCAACGGAGAUAAGCUCCGAAGAAGUAUGCCUAAUCUAGCUCGGAUGCCAAGCACAACCGCUGUUAGUAGCAAUGGUAGUUCUCCAGUCACCGUGCGGAAUAGUCAGAGUUUUGACUCAAGCUUGCAUGGAGCUGCAAAUGGAAUUUCAAGAAUACAGUCUUGUAUUCCGUCACCAGGGCAGCUUCAACACAGAAUCCACAGCGUGGGACAUUUCCCAGUGUCUGUCCGGCAGCCUCUGAAAGCCACAGCCUACGUGAGUCCAACCGUUCAAGGCAGCAGUAACAUGCCUUUAUCCAACGGCUUACAGUUACACUCCAACACGGGGAUCCCUGCCCCCAGCAAAGCUGCGGCUUCUGGGGUAACGGGCCGCAGCGCACUCCCAAGACCUUCACUGGCAAUAAAUGGGAGUAACCUGCCUCGAAGCAAAAUUGCACAGCCUGUCAGAAGUUUCCUUCAGCCUCCAAAGCCUCUGUCUUCACUCAGCACUCUGAGGGAUGGAAACUGGAGAGAUGGUUGCUACUGAUGCAGUGCUAUGUAUGUCUGAACAGCUGGAAAGAAGUGGAAAUGAGGGUCGUGUUACCUAGCUGGCUGGGUAACAGCGGAUGUCGGGAUAUUCUUUCCCUUCUGCGUUUUAACAUAUUAACUGCAUUGUUUUUCAAUGGACCAAUCACCAGAGACUAAUUAUUGCACUUAAAUAUUUGCCUGAGAUACUGCAGCGUUCACAAAUCCAUGGUUGCAGUAUUGUGACACUUAGAGCUAGGAAGUUUUUGUAGAACUGAUAUGUACCUGAAUCCUUUUUGAGAGAAUUGAGAUGUAUUCAUCCAUAAUGCUUUCUUUCUUUGCCAUCUGAGUUUCUUAAAGUAACUUGUUCAAUUUACUUACAUGUUCUAAACAUCUUCCCAUUACAUGUUCUGUAUUUUAAUACAUUGCAUCUUUACAACCAGGUUCUAUAACGUAUGCUUUGAAAUUUACUUUUUUAUAGUUUACAGGAAUUUUAUUUUUUGUGCCUAUUUCUUUUUACACCUACGUGAACCACUAUGGAACAACUUAAAGUUUGUGCCAUAAAAAUAUUUUUGUGGUAAGGUACUAUUUUUUUAGCUCUAGGGAUAUAUCAGCAAAAAUCCAUCAUACAAUUUGAGAGACAUAAUUUUGUGUUGAAUGAGCACAAUGUAAUCUGGAGCCUUGAGCACUGAGACAGCCAGACAACAGCGUGGAAUGGUCUUGUUGUUUUCAUUGUUAAUUUAUUGUCAUACGUGGGUUUCAUAUUUAUAAUGGCAUCACAAGCUCAUUGCACUUAAUACCUGCAAUGUUUGCUACUGUACUACAAUUGAUUUUCAAUACUUUUACAGAAGAUGAAACUGUAACAUUUUAUUAAUAAUGCUUCUGGAAAUGAACGCAUUUUAAAGCAAAUAAAUCUUUUUGAUAGACCUUUUACAAAA